UUGUGCACGUUGGUACCUCCCUGCUCGUACACAGCUCACUGUCGUGCAGGUGUUUUGCAUAAGGGCGCUUCGCUUUCGCCUCAACAGUGUGCCAGACACUACCUGAAGUCAUGGCUGACCAGGUGGCCGCCAUGUGUGAGCAGCUUAUCAAAGCUGUGAAUGUGAUGAUGGAUGCAGAAACGGGCCAAAUUUACCGACUGGAGGCCCUAAAGUUUUGCGAAGAGUUUAAAGAGACGAGCUCCUUCUGUGUCCCAUGUGGCUUACAACUAGCAGACAAAGCCCAGCCAGCUGUAGUGAGACACUUUGGUUUGCAAAUCCUGGAGCACGUCAUCAAGUUCAGAUGGAACAACAUGCAGCAACAGGAGAAAGUCCAGCUGAAGGAGUGUGCCAUGCAGUUGUUAUCGAAUGGCACUCAUGCCAUCCUGGAGGAGGAGAGCCACAUUAAAGACGCCCUGUCACGAAUCACUGUGGAGAUGAUAAAGAGAGAAUGGCCUCAACAUUGGCCAGACAUGCUGAAAGAGAUGGAGGCUCUCACUAGCCAUGGGGAGGCACAGACAGAACUGGUGAUGUUGAUCCUGUUGAGGCUGGCGGAGGAUGUGAUCACCUUCCAGACGUUGCCCACCCAGCGACGCAGAGACAUCCAGCAGACACUCACGCAGAACAUGGAAAAUAUCUUCAGCUUCAUGAUGGCCAUUCUGCAUGUUAAUGUCGAGGACUACCGGAAACUGAAAGGGUCACCUGGACAUGAACUGCAGGCCAGAGCUCACUGUCGAGUCGCCGUGGUUACGCUGAACACACUCGCAGGCUACAUAGAUUGGGUGUCUCUGGUGCACAUCACCUCUGGAAACUGUCAUCUCCUGGAGAUGUUGUGUUUGCUGCUGAGUGAACCGGAGCUGCAGCUGGAGGCCGCGGAGUGUCUGCUCAUCGCCAUCAGCCGGAAGGGCAAGCUGGAGGAUAGGAAGCCGUUCAUGCUGCUGUUUGACGAUGUGGCCAUCCACUACAUCCUUUCUGCGGCCCAGUCAGCAGAUGGACUGGCAAUAUGUAAGAAAUCCCCUGAAUCACAAGCAGUGGAGGUGGUGGAGCGGCGCUACAUCUUCCUGAAGAGGCUGUGUCAGGUGCUGUGUGCUCUGGGAGGACAGCUCUGCUCAUUAGUGGGUUCAGAUGUCGAGGUGGAGGUACCUGCAAAUCUCAGCAAGUACAUGGAAGCCUUUUUAGCCUUCACUACACAUUCCAGUCAGUUUUUGAAGUCGUCCACUCUGCCUUCUUGGGGAGCUCUGUUCAGACAUGAGACUCUGUCGAAGGACGCGGUUGUUGUGGAGAUGGCCAUCAAAUUCCUCAGAGCGUCUAUGACCAACCUAGUUAAGACUGGAUUUCCAUCUAGAAACGAUAGCCCAAGUUGUGAGUACUCCCGUGUGGACUUUGACAGCGACGAGGACUUCAACUCAUUCUUUAAUUCUUUUCGAGCACAGCAGGGAGAGGUGGUGAGGUGUGCAUGUCGUAUUGUACCUCUGGAGGCUUUCCAGAUAGCAGCAGAGUGGUUACAGUAUCAGAUCGCCAGCCCUAUUGAUACUGGUACUACCACAUCUAAGUCAGCGGAGGGCCUGUGCUCCCUCCUGUCUCCAUCAGUGGUCCAGUGGGAUGCGAUGACCGUCUUCAUGGAGUGCAUGGUUGGACAGAUCUUCAAAAAUCUGGAGGAGGAGAAGUUGCCCAUAGAUCAGAGCAUGGAGCUGCUGCAGGCCGUGCUAAACUACGACACCAAAGACCCGCUCAUCCUGUCCUGUGUGCUCACCAAUGUUUCCGCUCUCUUCCCAUUUGUCGUACAAAGACCGCACUUCCUGCCACAGGUCCUCUACAAGCUGUUUAAAGCCAUCACAUUUGAGAUUGAUCAGGAAAAUAAGGCACCUCGGACCCGAGCCGUAAAGAACGUGAGGAGGCACGCCUGUUCUUCCAUCAUCAAAAUUUGCCGGGAUUACCCACAGUUCAUUUUGCCUUGUUUUGAGAUGUUUUACAAUCACGUGAAGAAGCUGUUCUCCAGCGACGCCACGCUCACUCACAUGGAGAAAUGCUCGCUGAUGGAAGCUCUGGUGCUCAUCAGUAACCAGUUCAAAGACUUUGCAAAGCAGAAGGCGUUUCUAGAUGAACUGAUGGCUUCAGUGGUAGCAGAAUGGACCUCAGACGAGAUGAGACAUGUGCUGUGGAACCCUGCCAUGUUCCUGUCCUUUGUUGGCGCUGAUCAGGUGGUCACCGAGCAAAAUAAAGAUAAAGACACAGUGGGGCUCAAUAGAGGGCGGUUGAGUUUCUGCUUGUACGCCAUGUUGGGGGUGGUGAAGCGAGCACGCUGGCCUGCAGACCUGGAGGAAGCUAAGGCUGGUGGCUUCGUGAUGGGCUACACCCCCGCUGGAGCACCCAUCUACAGAAACCCCUGCACCGCCCAGUUUUUGGCCUUGCUGCCCAACCUGCUGGCUCUAAUCAGGACUCACAACAGUCUGUUCUUGCCAGAGAACAUGGCUCGUCUGAGUGAGACUUUCUCCAGGGCCCAUGAGGUGAUGGAUGCAGAGAAAAAUGUGGUUCUUGGUCUCUCUCAGCAUCUUCUGGAUAUUUAUGACUCUCCUGUGUAUAGAACCAACCUGGAGCGAAUGCAGGGAUUUUUCACCACAUUGUAUGACAACUGCCUCCAUGUGCUGGGAAAUGCAGGUCUGUCCCUGCAGCAGGAAUUCUACACCAUUGAGAGGUUGGCAGAAGAAAUCACUGGCUCUGCUUUCGUCUCCCUCGACCAUGUGCCUGACCACAGACUUCGCCCCAUGAUUCGUGUAUUUUUGAGGCAGUUGGUGAUAUCAUGCCCUCAGGAGUACUACAACAGUCUACUCUGCCCCCUGCUGGGACCUCUGUUCGCCUACAUGCUGCAGAGACUCAACAUCAAGUGGCAGGUCAUCAACCAGAGGACCUCUGUCAAUGGGGAGGAUGAGGAGGAGGUGGUGUGUCAGGAUAGCCAGGUGACGCAGGAGAUGCUGGAGGAGCAGCUGGUGCGCCUGCUCACCAGGGAGGUGCUGGAUCUGCUCACUGUGAGCUGUGUUUCCAGAAAAGGACCUGAACCAGCAGCAAAUAAUAAGGAGGAAGUAGAUGAGGAAGACAUGAUGAUGGAUUCAGUGCAGACGGCGACUCCUGCUCAGCCCACAGAGGAGCUCACUGAGCUGGGAAAAUGUCUGAUGAAACAUGAGAGCAUCUACAUGACCAUGUUGACCCUCUCCUUCACCUCACUGUCGUGGAAGGACACCACGAACUGUCACCGCACUGCCUCCAUGGUCUGCUGGACACUUCUGCGGCAGGUCGUAGGGGGUAAUCUUCUUCCUGAGGCGGUCACAUGGUUUUAUACCAGUGUUCUUAGGGGCCUUCAGGUUCACGGGCAGCAUGAGGUCUGCAACUCCACCCUCUCUCAGCUGGCGAUGCUGAUCUAUGAAAACCUGCGGCCUCGCUACAUCGAGCUGAAAGCUGUGAUGACUCAGAUCCCAAACAUCAAUGUUGAUGCUCUGGACCAGUAUGACCACAGGCUCAUGGACCCCAACGCCCAGAAGAUGGGAGACAAGAAGAGGAAAGACCAGUUCAAGAAGCUCAUCGCAGGAACUGUUGGGAAAGCUCUGUGCCAGCAGUUCAGGAAGGAGGUUCAUAUCCGGAAUCUUCCAUCCCUCUUUAAAAAGCCGAAACCAGACAGCGAUGUUGCCAACAGUGAGGCGCUGGGCCUGGCAGCUCUCUUCACCCCGGAGAAUGAUGCCCUGUAGGAAGACAGCGGAUCUAAUGAACUUCAUACUGACUGAGGACGCAGUUAUUUGUACAAACUCACCGUCCUCCAGCUGGGGCUGUACCUAACAUAACUGUCAACACCUCUGUUGUUCAAUCUUUAAUCCAACUCUCAUUGUGCCACUGCACGACUCAUGAAUUACACCUUUCCACCAGUCAUUUAUGCAAGCUAUUAUCACACAGAAGAGCAAACUACUUCUCCAUCCUCUCGCUCAUACCAAUAAAUGAGGUAUAUGAGCUACGGAGAUUAGAAGUAAAUAUUUCAGAUUAAAGAAUGGCCUGUGUCUGUGUCAGAUUGGGUUAAGAGAUGAUCUUAAAAUAGCAGACUAACCAUUAAUAUUUGCUCUGCAGCAGAAGCUUCAUCGAGCCACAAAACUACUUUGAUUCUGUCGUUUCACGUUUUCAUUUUAAGGGGCAAUAUGUGCCCGUUGCUCAGCAUCACGCACACUAAGCAUGUCUGUUUAUGGGACAAGGGAAUCAAACUGAGAGCCCCGCUGAGGUUUGAUAUUCAGCAUACAAGUCGGCAUCUAAUGAUGUCCAAACAAGCAAAGCCAGUAGAGCCAAUAGCUGCAGGAGUAGCCUGUUAGGAAGAAGAGUGUGUGUGUUUGUGUCACUUGUGGAGAGGAGGAGACUGUUUGUACUCAAAAGAAAAACUCUUAAAUUCAGAGGUCAGUGUUGGCAGAUAUGUUGUGUGACCAUGCUGCUGCUGUCGAGGCUGUUACAUUCUGGGUCAAGAAGAAGAAAAACCUUGGACACAUAAUGGUGCACAUUUCUUUAUUUGCUGUAUUUUUAUCUGACUGAACGAGCUCAACUGCGGUCUGAUUCUGAAGGAUGUGCUGAAGGGUACCUCAGGUGCGACCUUCCCCAACAUGGGGUGAAGAUGCUUUAUGGAAACAUACUCUAAGAAAGAAAACAAAGCAGCUGGAUUGUGUUUUCAUGAAUGGUUAUUAUAGAUAUAAAUAUGAAUGACCGUUUUCUAGUUUGCAGAUAUUACGAAGUAGUUGUUUUAGGCUGCUUGCUUUUUGCCCGUCGGCACACUUUACUGUACACAGCCCACGUACUGUUUUCAAUUGCUUAUUUAAUGCAUAUCAUACUACAAAGAAUUAAUACAGCCACAUUUUGUGCCAAAACACUCACAGUAGACCUAUUUGACAAACGUGACCAGACAUUUGUAUGUGAGAAGCAAAACCUACUAAGAUACAACUUUUAUGAAGAUUAUUUAAGGGUGGACUCGACGACUAAUGUGUAGCUUAAUCCAAGUCUUUCUGUUGUUUUCUAGCUGUUCAGUUUGUGAUUGUAUUCUGUUUUUCAUGUCUUGUUUUUUAUGUGUUUGUACUGGUUUUUCCAGUCGUAUGAAAAAGACGAACCAGCACUACAUUCCCCUGUUGUCUAAAGGAUUGUUUUUAAGCAUAAUUUGAUGGGUGUGUUUUGCUCCUUCAUGGUAGAGAAUGAUUUGCUUUGUGAUGUCUAGAUUCAGACCAAAAUUAUUUGGAGUUGUUUGAGCUUUCACUUUAAAUGCACCUAGACUGGUCUGCACUUCAGAUAAUUAUUGCAAACAGGUUCACAUCAUACUUGCACAGGAAUAAGAACAUUUAUGAAGCUUGACUUUCCAAUGAAUUCUCCUGUCUUUGUCAUGACUGUUUGUUCACAUGCGGCCAUUUUUAAAAAAAGCUUGUCCAACACUAAAAUGUUCUGUACAAAGGAGAAAAUAGGCUUUUUAAAAGUGUAGUGUGGUUUAUAUUUUGUUGUUUUUAAAUAAAAAAAGAUUGAUCUUGA